GGCCCGUUUCUCGAGGUGGUCAAGUUGGCCUCGGUUACACGGUUGGACUUCGCCUUGCACUUUGCGAGGGCCUUCCGUGGUCGGCCCUUCGGGUGUCCGGCAGGGCUUAAUUUUUGUAAGGCUGAGGAUCUGCGCACUGCGCGACCUCGGCACCCAAUAUCCAGAUAUUAAAAUACAAACAAGUCAAACUUUCACAGGUCGUGAAGAUGUCAACUUCGCUGCAACGUUGCAAAUGCACUCCGCUAGAGUAAACUUAUACAUUCAACGCUAAACCUAUACAUCCUUCUACUUCUCCCAUCUAGGCAACAUUUCCCAUCUAUGGAACAUUUUCUGUUCGUAACCCUUACACCUUGACUCCAUUCACCCAACACCAGGUUCAUCGUGCACGCCUGGCCGGUGUCGAGUGCCUCCGAAGCCCUCUCGCUCAUCCGCGGCGCCUCCGACCCCUCUGCCACGCACAACUGCUUCGCCUACCGGGUGGGGCAGGAGCACCGUUGCAGCGAUGACGGGGAGCCGGGCGGCACCGCGGGCCGACCCAUCCUGAGCGCCAUUGAGGCGGAGGGACUAGACCGGGUGGCGGUGCUGGUCACACGCCACUUUGGCGGCAUCAAGUUGGGCGCUGGCGGUCUGGUGCGGGCAUAUGGCGGGGCUGCGAGGGAGUGCCUGCAACUGGCGCCCACCGUAAUUGCGAAGGUGCAAGUCGAGGUCCUGGUGAAUGUGACGUACGACGAACUUGGCAUUGUGUACGGCUGCCUAGAUAAGCAUGGCUGCGAGCGCAUGGGUGAGGAGUAUGGCAGCUCGGGAACUGUAACUCUGCGCGCGCGGGUGGAUGCAGACCAGCUAGAGGAGUUGAAAGCGGAUGUGGCAGACGGGACAGCUGGACGACGGAGGGUUCAGAUUGCAAAGCCUGAGGCAACUAGCGACGGUUGAGAAAUUGUGGGAUUUGGCUGGGCCAGGUACUUUCGAAAGUACUUGAAACUGUUGAAAGUGACCUAGAUCCUAGUGAACAUGACUGCACUUAUUGGUGGUGGUUUAAUUGGAAGAGACGGCUUGCUUGGGUGUGGGCUUGCAUGCUCCAUGAAAGGAGAGGGUUAGGAUGCCGGCUGCGUAGCCAAUACGCAUACAUGGCGAUAGGAAUUGCUUGUUGUGUCCAAAUAUUCCCUGCGUACUGGGUAUCUCUGCAAUUUGGCAGAUCCGCCAGGUUUCGUUUUUUCGACAGCCCUUGUACUGUCAACGGUCACGUUUGCACAGCUAUCAAAGGGUAUCUACAGUAAAUCCCUUAACUUUUAUCUUUAAGUCUUACAUGCUUCUAACAGUUCCAUUGCCUGUGGAAGGCCAAGAGUAGCGUUCGACCAACUAAGCAGCGUUCUUCGGAUGUGUUUACAAGCCCACAAAAAAGCCACAUAGCGCUUGCCGUUUGAUCGAAAAUGGGUGAUAGGGAUGGCAACUUAAAUCGACCGGGCACGACAAGCGGCAAAGCAUUUAGAGGACGCAGCGAUGCCCUGGUCAGCGUGGCCAACCGACUGCGGAGUCCUAUGUACGUGAGCGAUAGAGCGUUACUGCCUGAGGAUGUCACGGUUAAUACGAUCGAGGCGCUGCUGCGCAUCCCCUCGCUUGCCUCGGGCCGCACAGAGGAGCAGCUGGUUGCCUCCUUCCUCGGGGAGGACGGACUGGUCACCGACCCGGACUUCCUGCCGGGCAUCAGCAGCCUCUUCCCCGACCCCAACCAGCCGCCCGCCGCCGCGCCCCCCGAUGUGACCUGGCGCCGCGUGUCGGGCACCCUCUACUUCCCCACCGGCAAGACGCCGCGACUGCUGCAGGGCCUGCUAGACUCGGGUUCCUUCCUGGGCGCCCUGGCUGCCGUUGCCGCCUGCCGCGGCGGGGAGCUGCUGCUGGACCUGAUCGUGAGCGACGAGGCGGCGGCGCACGGCGCAUACACCUUCCAGUUCUUCAAGCACGGCUGCUGGCAGCAGGUGGUGGUGGACAACUACCUGCCCUGCGUGUCGGGACAGGAGCGGCUGGCAUUCGCAUGCAGUGCGGUGGUGGGGGAGCUGUGGCCCAGCCUGCUGGAGAAGGCGUACGCAAAGAUCCACGGCAGCUACUACGCGCUGUCGGGCGGCUCCGUGACGGAGGCGCUGGUGGACCUGACGGGCGGGGUGGGGCUCAAGGUGAGGACGGACGCACCGCCCUACUGGCACCACCCGGCGGCGGCAGCAGCAGCAGCAUCCGGGGGGCAGCAUCAGGGAGGAGGGGGAGGAGGAGGAGCAGCAGCGGCGGCGAGGGAGGCCCAGGUGUGGUCGGACCUGCAGUCCUGGCUGGCCGCUCGCUCCAUCGUGGCGUGUGUGGCGAAGCGGAAGCGACCCGCACGCAACCGCUUCAGACCAGACGCGGUGUCCCCCGACCCCGACGGCCCCUCCCCCGUCCCGACCCCCGCACCGCCCGACUACCCGGUCGAUCCCGCCAGCCCCGCUGCUGCAGCCGGGGAGGAGAUCUCCGGCGAGGAGGGGCCGCACGGGUUAUUGUACGGGCAGGUGUACAGCGUGUUGGAGUGCCGUGCGGUGACGGACGCGUUGCGGCUGGUGCGGCUGCACUGCCCUUGGAGCCAGGGGCUGUGGAUGGGGCCGUGGGCGCAGGGCUCCCCCGAGUGGCAGCACCCCAGCGUGGCGCCCUGCCUGGACUCCUUCCGCGCCAGCUGGGAGGACGAGGCGACCUUCUGGAUGCCGCUGAGGGACUUCGCGGCCUUCUUCAACAGGCUGCACGUGUGCAGGAUGUUCCCCCCCACCUGGCACCAGCUCACCCUGCACUGCGGCUGGCAGGGCCCCUCAGCAGGCGGCCCAUACCACACCCUUCCGCCGGAAACCCAGGCACACUACGGCGCAGCGGCGGCGGUCGCACUCCCCCCCGGCGCCGGCCCCACGGACGCUGCUGCUGCUGCUCCUGCUGCUGCUGCCGCCGGUGGCCGACCCGGCUCCCCCUCUCGCAUGGGGGGGCCUGGUGUGGGUGCUGGCAGCGGAGGCAGCUACGGUUUCGGAACCAUUGGCGCCCUGGGGCCCAGCUUUGGAAGCAGCACCGCCAGCCUCAGCCCGCAGGCUGGCACUGGGGCGGCGGCCUCUGCUAGCAGCAUGAGCGCAGGUGGUGGGGGUGGGGGCGGCGGCAGCAUGAGCAGCACCUGGUGUUGCAACCCUCAGUUCCGUCUGACGGUGCGCAAGGGGUGCGAGGUGCUGGUGUGCCUGGCGCAGCAGGACCCCACGGUGGCGGCGCGCGCGCAUGUGGCCAAGCGGCUGAGGAAGAAGGCGGUGGGGAUGCAGAUCCUGCGUGUUCCACUGGACAGCCUGGGUCGGCGCUGGGAGGUGCGCCCCGGCGAGCUGGUGGCCUCGCUGCCGGCCUGCGCGGGCCGGGAGGUGGUGGCGGCGUUCCGGGCGGCACCCGACUUUGCGUACGUGGUGGUGCCGCAUGCGGGUCGCGCCGGCGAGGAGGGCGCCUUCAUCCUGCGCUCCCUCAGCUCCAGUCCGCUGGAGGUGGAGCAGCUGCCCGCGCCGCUGUGCCUGGUGGUGGGCGGGCAGUGGAGCGGCUACCUGGCGGGCGGCGGCCGUCACUGCCCCUCCUGGGGCUCCAACCCGCAGUACAUGAUCAGCUGCGGACACCGGGCGCAGGUUGUGGCCUCCCUCACCCGCCUCGACCUCAAAUAUGCCAUCAUGAAGGCGCCCCGCGACCCCGCACUGGAUCUGGAUCUGGUCCUGGCGCACCCAGAUCAGGGACCGGAUGGACCCGGCCGCCGUACGGCAGUACGGGAUGGAGACAUCGUGGCGGCAGCUAGCAGCGUGUACGGCAGUGGUGGUAAUGGUGUGUACGGCAGUGGUGGUGGUGGUGGUGUGUACGGCAAUAGCAGCAGCAGCCAGCAGCAGCUGGGUCCUGGGGGCAUGCUGCUGCAGCAGCAGCUAGGGCAGCUGCAGCUGGGGGGGCAGGG